AUGAGGUUUAAUUUAACCCAUAUUGAACUUGUAUAUGCCAAAUAUAAUAGUGCUUGGUUUGAGGUAGUGGAAUUUCUCAACUAUGGCCCCAAGCUUCAAGUUCUUGUCAUUAACCAGCCCAAACAUGUUGGGGGUCUUGGCUUUAGGGAUUUUAAAUCCUUUAAUUUGGCCCUUGUGGCUAAGAACUGGUGGCGUAUUUACAAUUACCCUGAUUCCCUUCUUGGUAAGGUGUUCAAAAGUGUCUAUUUCUCCUCCGUUAGGAUGGAGUGUGCUAAGAAAGGGUAUAGACCGAGCUAUGCAUGGAGUAGCAUAUUAAAAACAUCAUCAAUGAUCCAGAAGGGUAGUUGUUGGAGGAUUGGGGAUGGAUCCCGGGUUCGAAUUUGGGAGGAUAAUUGGCUUGCUAAUGGUCCUCCAGUGAAGUUUAGACAGGAUGUGGUUGAUGAGCUUGGCCUAGCCAAGGUUGCAGAUCUCAUGCUCCCAGAUAACGGUGGUUGGAAUGUUCCUUUGCUUGAGUGGACUUUUUGCCCAGCUACAGCUGCUCGGAUUAUGUCUGUCCCUCUCCCUCGCCAGCCUGAGUCAGAUCAGCUCUUCUGGUUAGGGACUGCGGACGGUUUGUAUUCAGUUAAAACAGGUUAUGAGUUUCUUCAAGAGGUGGUAGCCCGGGAUUCUCCCUCGACUUCUCUCUCCCGUGGGCUUGAUCAAACACUUUGGAAGCGGUUUUGGAAAGAACCUUCUAUGCCCAGGGUUAGGGAGGUAUCUUGGCGUGUGUGUGCAGGUGCCCUUCCGGUGCGAACGAAACUCCGCCAGAGAGGUGUGGAUGUUGAUUCAAGCUUCCCGUUGUGCGGUCUUGAGGAGGAAACGAUUGACCAUCUGUUUCUUGGGUGCAAUAUUGCCCGAGGUUGCUGGUUUGCAAGUCCCAUGGGUGUUCGCGUGGAUCCAGGUUUGACGAUGGUGGAUUUCUUGACUAUGGUGAUCCGGGACAUGGAUCUUGAGCUAGCCUUGGUAAGUCAAUCAACUCUAUCUUUCACACUGGCUACAUCACAUGAGAGGGGCAACUUGAAGAGGUGGCGGAGACCGGCAGAGGACGUGGUCAAAGUGAACGUGGACGCAGCCGUUGGACAGGACAGGUUUGCGGGUUUUGGUCUUGUUGCUAGAGACCAUGCAGGUGAGGUUCUCGCAGCUGCAGCAAAGUACCCCACUAUGGUGCUUUCUCCUACAGUAGCGGAGGCCCUUAGCUUGCGGUGGUCGAUGGAUUUGGCUAUUCAGCUAGGGUUCAGGAGAGUGCAGUUUGAGACUGAUUGCUUGCUCUUACAACAGGCUUGGAAGAAAGUUUCUAGAAACUCUUAUUUAUUUUCCAUUAUUAAGGAUUGUCAUAAGUUAGUGGUGUUUUUUGAUCAUGUUGAUCUUACUUUUGUGCGUAGGGAAGGGAACUUUUGUGCUGACUACCUUGCUAGGAACGCCUCUUCUUACCCAGACUCUGUUUGGAUUGAGGAGGGGCCUCCGGGGUUGUCUAGUUUUUUGAGGGAUGAUGUAUUGGCAUCUAUGCCGAUUUCGAUUUGA